AUGCUACAGGAAAGCUCGUCGUCCCACAUUCGUCGUGAUACUGAUGGCUGGCGGCCUACGGAUAGUGCUCAGACAUCGCAUGACCACUACAAGCACUCAAGUGAAGAUGGUCACAGCCGUCGUUCUCGGGAAGUUUUGGACUACUGGGAACCCGCUGCUCGGCCGUAUGGCAUUGACCACGAGUCUGAGUCGUCAACGUUUGUCGAGGCGUCGUGGCCGCCUGACCGAGUUAAAUACGAUAGGUGGCGUGGGGAUGGUGCCGAUGAGGGGAGUCAGGGGGAGAAGCGUCAUAAAAGAUUCUCUGAGGACAGGCAAGAUGGUGGUUGGACGAGGGGGGGUCGUCGGGACGUCCCUGACUCGGGUUGGCGAACUCGGGAAUCGCGACAUGCUGAGAGCCUCACCCCGGCUUGGGACGAAUCAACGUCUCGACAGCGAUCUGGUGCUCCCGCUGAAGCCUCAAGAGAUGGUGCUGAUUCAGGAUGGAAGCAUCGAGAAUCACGACACGGUGAGAGCCUCACUCCAAGCUGGGAUGAACCACCCUCUCGACAGUGGUCUGGGACUCAUAUUGAAGGUUCGCGGCAUGGUGGCGAAGAUCGUUCUUGGGAGCCUUCUGCUUCAUGGCAGCCGAACAGCCGAAGCCAAAGUCAGCGAAACCAAAAAUCGAGCAAAAACAUCGGCCACAACAGGGGUGGAAAAGGGAAGAAGAACAACAAACAGAAACGAGAUUGGCGGGCAGAUGAUAGUCAGCUGAACAACUGGACUCGACGGGACGAUCCUAAGUCCUCCAAGAAGAUCGUUAAAUCGAGCAAGCGUCGCCAACGACGUUCCCUUUCUCGAGGCCGUUCGCGUUCUCCAGCUGAGUCAUACUAUUCCAGACGUUCCUCUAGAGAUGUGCAUCGUCUGCCCAUGGCGACACCUAUUAGUGCUAUACCUCUAGACAAAAUUCGUGAGACGGCAUUUCCUAGUGGCAAACGCGAUAUGUACAGGAGCAGAGCGAGCACAAAUGGCAAGCGUUCUGAACGUCGGUAUACAUCACCUCAGAAACUGGACAAGCACGACAAACACAGCAAUGUAUCGGCUACUAUGCCACCUCCGUCGAGUGUGCCAGCGGCCUCCGAACAGAACGAGUUACGGCCUAGAUCUAGGUCAUCAUCGCCAGCGGCACCGCAUGGUCAACCUCCUUCUCCGGCUUUGCCACGGAUUUCUUCCACAAAGAAUGCAGGCUUUAAGCCUAUUGGUCAACCCAGCUCUGCCGUGAAGAGAUUUUUCCCUGGCGACGAGGACGAUGAAAGCGAGCCUGUUCUUCGAAGACAACCACCACUAAUCACCCCACCGCCGUCGAUACCUCGAUUCGUUCCAUCUGUUCAGGCCCCACAAUCAAGUCUACAUAUCUCGUUUACGCAUGAUCCAACUCCUUCACAACAGCAACCAGGGGACAUUCAUUCCGUGAAUCGAGCUCACGACUUGCAAAAGAAGGAGCCGGAAAUACCCAUAGAAGAUCAGUCCAAAGCUUUGAUUCCCCAAGACGCGGUUGUUGUAGUUGAACAGCGCGUGCCCCUCGCCAAUGGUAAUGGUCAUGUAGGUAGCUCCCGGCCAUCACAGGCAUUGCAACGGGAGCAUGACGUCACGGUGGCGGAAUACACGAGGCCUUCUACCCCAGUCAGAUAUGGCGUAUACGAUUGCCUCAACCAGGUAGGCGAGGGCACAUUUGGACAAGUCUGGAAAGCGCGUAAUUCAAGGGAUGGGAGGUUUGUGGCAUUGAAGAAGAUUCGCAUGGAAGCCGAGAGAGAUGGAUUCCCUGUGACAGCUAUGCGGGAAAUCAAACUGCUGCAGUCUUUGCGCCACGAUAACGUUGUUCAGCUCUACGAGAUGAUGGUAUCAAAUGGCUCCGUGUUUAUGGUUUUCGAGUACAUGGACCACGACUUAACUGGUGUCCUUUCACAGACUCAGUUCACUUUUACGGAAGCACACUUGAAGUCUUUCUGUCGACAAAUGUUAGCAGGGCUUGCGUACCUGCAUCACAAAGGGGUAAUUCACCGAGACAUUAAGGGUUCGAACAUUCUCAUCAACAAUCGCGGCGAGCUCAAGCUCGGUGAUUUUGGUUUGGCGCGCUUCUACCAGAAACGUCGUCGGAGCGACUACACUAAUCGUGUCAUAACUCUGUGGUAUCGACCUCCAGAGCUUUUGUUAGGCACAACCGUCUACGGACCAGAGGUCGAUAUGUGGAGCGCAGGGUGCAUCAUGUUGGAACUCUUCACUAAGAAGCCUGUAUUCCAAGGAAAUGACGAAAUACAUCAGUUGGAUGUCAUCUACAAGAUACUUGGCACCCCAGUUGUUGAACACUGGCCAGGAAUGAUGUCUCUACCUUGGUAUGAACUUGUUAAGCCCAAGGAAACAAUACCAAAUCAUUUCAGACAGCUAUUUGAGAAAUGGCUCUCCCCCAUGGGGCUUGACUUAGCAGAGCGUCUUCUAACAUAUGACCCUGCGCGGAGGGUAACUGCUGUGCAGGCGCUUGAAGCACCCUACUUCAACCGGGAGCCACCGUCCCCCGCUGCGCCCGUUAGUUUGUCCACGAUGGAAGGCGAAUGGCACGAAUUUGAAGCGAAGCGGGAACGCGCCAAAAAGCGGCGGAAAGUGGAUGCUUGA